AUGGCUGGGAUUCCGGAGGCAGAGAGCGAUAUACCUGCGACUAUGUCUAAAUUGGCACGGAGUGUUCUGGAUGACACCUUCUACAACAUAAUACAUGACCUUGUUUCAAAAGUUCACCGUGAAGAGAAAAUUGCACGUAUGAGGUCAGCUGUCGUCUUGGCCAAAAAAAUUGGUGAGGAAGAAACAAACCGUCUCCAAAAACAAGAGGGAGCACUUGAGAACGGAUCUGCGGAGCUCAGUGCUGCUGCGCCGUCAAACGUGAAACAAAAAGACAGCAACCUCGUUCGGGUCGAGACAGACGGUGCAAUUUACGAAAAUGGUAAAGUUUACUUGAAAGGGAAUCCAUUUCAGACGACCAAAGAAAUCAUAUGUCCUAAUUGCCGUUUCCCCCGUCUCCUUUAUCCGCUCUCCGGCAUUGGCUCUAGACCACCACCAGAUCCGUAUAAAGAAUACUGUAAAAAGCACCCCCCGAUCAUCAUGCCUGGCCAUGAUGUUCAUGGUAAUCCAUUUGCCACAGAUAAAAUAAACAGGAAAAAAAAGCAACAACCACAGCAGCCAAAUAGCUCAAACACACCCGCGUCUAGUCCACCAUCAACACCAUCAACGCCGUCAAACUCCUUCAAACACGUCGUCGCCGAAAAAAUCUCCUUCCCCACCGUGAAAUGCCCAAACUGCCCACGCUACUUUGUCGUCACCAGAGUCGCGCAGCACCUUGAUAGGUGUCUAGGCCUAUCAGGCAGACUAACAAAACGCAAUCUCACCCCGAUGGAAAGCGGAACUAGUACGCCGGUGCCACUUCCAACGAAACCUUCAAUGCUCAAACGAGCCCUCCCCAAUGGCGACGACGAUACAGCAUCUGGAUCCAUCCCCAAAAAGAAGAAACUGAACACUCCGAAAAAAUACGCCAGCAAGAAGCCAACCCCACCAAGCAAGCUGAAAAUUGGAACCACACCCGACAUGGCAGCUGCCAUGGAGUUUCCCGAUUCAACACCUACUUCAGCAGGCGGCGGCGGCGAUGUUGAACCCGCAAGUGCCACAACAACUACCACUGUCACAACGAGUAAGAAGAAACUUAACCCAACAGAAGGAAAGCCUGGCAAGCUAAAGCGAAAUGACAUUCAAAGACAGGUAAAAGCAUGA